AUGGACACCUUGGGAAAGACAAUCACAUGCCUGGCAGCCAUUGCCUGGAAAAAGAACUCUCUUUCACUUGAGAAAGUGGAGGUUGAGCCACCAAAGGCUGGGGAAGUUCGUAUUAAGAUGAUAUCUACAGGGAUCUGUGGUUCUGAUGAUCAUACUAUAAAAGGAAUAAUCCUAGUGAAGUAUCCCUUCAUCCCAGGCCAUGAAGGAGCUGGAAUUGUGGAGAGUAUUGGCGAAGGAGUGAGCUCAGUGAAACCAGGAGAUAAAGUCCUCACACUUGCUGUUCCACAGUGUAGAGAAUGCAGUGCCUGCUUGCAUCCCAAGGGAAACUUCUGUGAGAAGCAAGAGUUAGGAGAAACCCACCUGAUGUCUGAUGGUACCAGUAGGUUUACCUGCAAGGGGAAACCAGUAUACCACUUUGGGAAUACAAGCACUUUCUCUGAAUACACUGUAAUGAAUGAAAUCUCAGUCACCAAGAUUGAUGCAGCUGCACCCCUGGAGAAAGUAUUCCUAGUUAGCUGUGGUUUUUCUACUGGGUAUGGUGGUGCAAUCAAUACUGCCAAGGUGACCCCAGGCUCCACCUGUGCCGUGUUUGGCCUGGGAGGAGUUGGCCUGUCUGUUAUCAUGGGCUGCAAAGCAGCUGGAGCAGCCAGGAUCAUUGCAGUGGACGUCAAUAAAGACAAAUUUGAGAAGGCAAAGGAAGUCGGUGCCACUGAGUGCAUAAACCCACAGGACUAUGAGAAACCCAUCCAAGAAGUUUUGUUUGACCUGACAGGUGAUGGUGUGGACUUUAGCUUUGAGGUCAUUGGAAAUCCAGAAACUGUGGCAGCUGCCCUGGCAUCCUGCCAUGAGAGCCACGGGGUCUGCGUGAUUAUCGGGUUGGUCGUUGGUGUCCAACUCAACAUCAGUGGCCACUUGUUCUUCUCAGGACGUACUUUAAAGGGAUCUGUUUAUGGAGGCUGGAAAGGCAGAGAUGGUGCCUCUAAACUGGUUUCUGAUUAUAUGGCAAAGAAGAUUAACCUAGAUGCACUAAUUACCCAUACUCUGAAUUUUGACAAAAUCAAUGAAGCAGUUGAAUUAAUGAAAACUGGAAAAUGUGUCCGCUGUGUCCUGUUACUUUAA